GACAGACCUUACGAUCACAAAGUAUUUCGUUGAGAUUUUACGCACAGAGUAGCUCAUCGUCGUCAAAGUGACCCGCUUUCGGAAAAGCAUAAAUGUGGAAAGUUUUAUUCAGCGCCUGUACUGCGAUACCCCGAAUGCAACCCAGUGCGAUCGGUCGCCUAAUUGGGAAAUAUUUCGCACCUUUUCGCAAAAACUUUCUUUUUCUUUUGUUUUGAUCUUUUCCAAUCCCAAAUGUUUCUUGGUGGGUGAUCCCUGCUUAUUCAAUCAUUUUUGGGGGGUUAAAAAAAAAAGCAAUUGGAAUCAAGUCAAGUUGAUUUGUUUCACAAAAGAGUCUCGAGGGGCUUCACAGGCCCGCAGUUGGCCCAGAUCGAGGCCGAUUUCGGCUAUUCGCUUUCCGGCGCGGUCCGCGGCCCCCUCGGGGGUCCGCUGUACCGUCCGCCUUCGUGUAUUUGUAAUUUCGCUAUAACUACGCGUGUCCCGCGAAGGCCUCGGCGGUUGCGCUCAAGAACACGAGGGAACGACGGCGUCACGAAGACCGAGGAGCCUCCACCGCGGAUCGGCGAUCGAGUUGCGGAGAAGUGUAAGAAAACUGCGCCGAGCCCGCCUGGAGUGACCGAGCGAGCGAGCGAGCGCCGGUCAGAGAGAUUCAAGUCGCGCGGGCCGCAGGGAAGCCGCUCGCGCUCGACGGACGGAAGGAAGGAAGGAAGGAAGGCGGGCGGCGCUCAACGCAGUUGGGCGAUCCUGGAAGGAAAAGGACUCGAGGCCGGGAAGGAGAUCGAGCGACGCGCGUCGAUGCUUUCCAUCAAAGAAUAUUCGCGCGUCAGAACGGCCCGGUCGAAGUCCAGACCCGAAUCCCGCCGAGCGACCGAUCUGACCGACUCGGCCAAAGGUGGCGCCGUAGAGCAUCGGAAAGAAACGCACACCGCAUUUUUGCCGUUUUGCUCGGCUGAAAAUUCGGCCUCAUUUGUGUUCCGUGCGACUUUGCGUCGCUGCGUCACAUCAAAUCUCAACAGAAAACAAAUAUGGAGAAGGUGAAGGGGGGAGACGACUUUCUGGAGGCGCUGCCCCUUGGCGCCCUCGCCCCCUCCCUGUCCCACCUUCUCUUCCUUUCCUUUCCCGCCUCUGCCUCUUUUUCUACCUUUCCCUCCUUUUUGCCAACGUUCCUCGCCGACGCUUGUUUUUGUCCACGAGCCAUGAAAUUGUCAAGUCAAGCAUUCCCGCGCGCGUGCGACGGCCCCUUUUGUUCCGGGCCCGACGAUGCCCCCCCAGCGGGCCAGGACACGCGCGGCGCUUAACGUGCGCCGCCGGCCGUGAAAAGAGACGGCAUGUGUCGCUUUUGUUCGGGCGGGCCAGCUGCUCGGCUUCACACUUAAGUAGCGCGUGUGCGUGCGGACUUGUUUGUGCAUGUCGCGGUGGCGUGUAAUUGGGUUGGUGUGUGUGUGUGUGUGUGUGUGCGAGAGUGUGUUGCUUUGGAAAAUGCUAACUAGCAAAUGGACCGCGGCUUAUCGACACCAUCGGAGCGCCCGAAGCGCUUUACAAAGCCUCACAUUCGCCCGCUUGAAGACAGCGACGGGCGGCGCUGCAGAAACGGAGGCAGCUGUCCAAUUAGGGCCGUCUGCGCUUCGGGCUGCAGCGCCGAGCACGGCUUCUGCGAGGCGCCCGGCGAGUGCGCGUGUCGGCAGGGCUGGCGGGGCGAGCGCUGCGACCGGUGCGCGCGACACCCCGGAUGCGUGCACGGAACCUGCCGGCAGCCGUGGCAGUGCGACUGCGAGGAGGGUUGGGGCGGACUCUACUGCGACCAGGACCUUAACUACUGCACCAACCACAAGCCGUGCCAGAACGGGGCUUCGUGCACCAACACGGGCCAGGGCAGCUACACCUGCGCCUGCAGGCCGGGAUUCAGCGGAAACGACUGCGAGCGGGAGAACGACCUGUGCGACAGCGCCCCCUGCAGAAACGGAGGCAGCUGUAAGAAUGUGGCGGACGGCCACGUGUGCGUGUGUCCUCGGGGCUUCUCCGGGCCCGACUGCGGGACCGGCGCCGUCCUGACGUGCGCCGACGAGCCGUGCUUCAACCGCGGCGUGUGCGUGACGGCCGCGGGCGGCGGGUACACGUGCCGAUGCCCGUCCGGGUACGCCGGCUCCAACUGCGAGAUGAAGGACAACCGAUGCAGCGGCGACCCCUGCGCCAACGGCGGCGAGUGCGUGGACUCGGGGGGCGCGGUUUGCCGCUGUCGUGCGGGCUUCGCGGGCCCUCGCUGCGAGACCAAUGUGGACGACUGCGCCAGCGGCCCGUGCCGCAACGCCGGCACUUGCGCGGACGGAGUGGCCGACUUCAAGUGCACGUGCACGCUGGGCUUUGCGGGCAAGGACUGCUCGUUGCGCGCCAGCCCCUGCGACCGCUUCCCGUGCCACAACGGCGGCCACUGCUUCGCCCACUUCUCCGGGCCCGUGUGCCAGUGCCCGCCGGGAUUCAUGGGGGCGCGCUGCGAGUACGGCGUCGAGCCCGAGUCGGCCGCGCCGUCUGCGCGGCCUCCCCGGGACCCCUUCCCCGCCGCGCUGGCUGCCGCCUGUGUGUUGGGCACGGUGACGUUGAGCCUCCUGGUGGCCGCCGCCGUCUUCGUCCUGCGGCAGCUGCGGCGGGGCAACGAGUUGGCGGCCAUGUCGACGUCCGUCAAGAACGACCUGGAGGCCGUCAACAACCGCCCGGCGGCCAAGGAGAGCUUCCUCCUGCCCGGGGGACACGUCAAAAUGUCCAAUAAGGACGCGGCGCUGGGUGGGGGCGGAGCCGGCCGCGGGGCUAUCUUCAAAAACAAAAUGGCGACCGACUGCAACCUGGCCAAGGAGCAACACAAGUUUGACAGGUUUGAUCUCCAGUCUCCGGAGUUUUCCGCGACUGAAAUCAACUUUAUUUCUUUUCUCUUUUUUUUUUCCCAUUUUCAAAUGUUUUUAUUUAUGGCUGCUGCUCAGCAGACACAAAAAGGGGAUGUGUUGUUUUUUUUUUUUCAAAUAUAUUUUCUCCCUGGAAAGAGAAAAAGCAGCAGAGGAAGAAAGCAAAGAUGGACUGUUUGGCAUCAUUUGCACUUUUUUUCAUCACCGUAUUUGGCCGACGACGGGAACGUGCGCGAACGAGGGAGACGCCUUCGACUUCAUCGUCGGUCGCCGGCGACCAGUCGGACGAACGAUCACGCGAACGGACAACCAAGUGCCCGAGUGUUUGGGACUGCUUUCGUUCCACUUUGCCUUCAUCAUCUUCAUCGUCUCUCGUCGUCAUCAUCUUCGUCGUAUUUUGAUACCCAAAAAAUGUGCGUCGUGUCUUUUUGUGUGUGUUAAUUUAAGACCAUACAAAUGUGUACAGUUUUAUUUAAUUUGUACAUAAACGUCUUCAUAUUUUUAUAUUUAACAAACGCGAUCAAGAAAUAUAUUUUCCUAAAUAAAUGA